CGAGUCGCGGCAACAGCAGGAGCAGCAGCAGCAGCAGCAGCAGCAGCGGUAGGAAGCUGGACCGGCGGGCUGUGAAUAGUCUCCCCCGUGUCCUGGCACCACCACCACCACCACCACCACCACCUGUCUCCGCCUUCACUUUGUUGUUCUCACGCCGGUUGGGACGCUCUGCUGGGCACCCUUGUCUCCCCUUCCUCUCCCCUUCAGCUGUUCUCCCUCACGUCAUCACCUCAUUUUAAUGUAUACAUAACUAUCCGUUGGACUGCCUGCACCACUACCACCACUACCACAUCCUACUCCUCCGGUCUCAAUACCCGCUCGCUCGCUGUUGUUGCUGUGACCGUCAACCAUCUAUGCAAACCAAUUUUCCCGAACUGCCUGACCUGACAGUUGAAGAGAGUGCCUCCUGGGUGUCGUGUUAUGCCUACGAAACGUGAUUGUUGUUGUACGUCGCUCAUGAAUAGUCGUCCCGCCACCCAAACCAUCAACACCAACACCACCACCACCACUACAGCCACAGCAGUCUCCUACAGCGCCUUCCUCAGCACCACAGUUGUAAGUCAUCGGCACAGGGCGCGUCACCCCACGCUGUCCAACACUAGCCUGGCAUCCAAAGCAGAAGGCAGGUAGCCCGUGCCCGAGACCCGCCCCUCCGCCCCUCUUCGCCCUGCCCACCGCCGCCCGGACAUCGCCCGCUAAAGGACAUCAACUCUAAGCAAUAAUCUUCAGCAAAUACUCAAUCUGAUCAUCCAGAUUCCUCGCGCCAGAUGGACGUCGCUCGGCACUGAGGAUAUAAAGCAAUACAAGCCCUCUCAUCUCUCGUCAUUCUCCACUACAGCUUCUCGUCAUCAACAAACCCCAAAGAUACCCCACAACUCUGCCCGUGGAGAUCGGACCCGUUCCGCCCCACCCCGCCCGGCCCCGCUCCGAUACACAGCCCUCGUCGCCCCGUCUUGUGGUCAUCGGCUCCUGGCGGCCACUGGAUCAUUCCCGUCCCACGCCACAGUCCAGGAAUCCUGUCCUCCCGUCAGCCAUCCCGUCCCGCACCUCCGCAGGCCAGCCAGCCCCUCACUCCGGCGUGACUCUGAGGUGGUCGCUGACGGACUCGUGUGGUGAACUUAGCAAUCCGCCAAACAGACAGACUUAUAAAGAAAAGAGACAUAUUUGGGCCUUCUCACCUACGUCGGCAAGAUAUUAUUUUUGAUGCGCCUGUUGUGCUGCACAUACUUGUUAUUCCGUGACUCUGGAUCUGCAAGGUUUCCGGGUGAAGAGUGAAGAGUUGUGCGGUGAAGUGUUUGCCUGAGGAGUUACUCUGCCAAGUCAUACCUUUUCCCUGCAGCUGUGACAGAAGGGAAACUCCUGUCUCGACGCUCAAGAUUAUCCCUGCUCACAAAAGAUUCUCUCGAAAAGAUAUAUAUUUACUAAAGUGAUACAAAAAAGACUGAACGUUAAGCUAACCUGAGUCUUCCUAACCAUUUGGUGUUUCUUGUUCCGGACUGUUCGGUGUCCAGCGGCCGCGCGAGGCAGCUUCUCGAGGUUCCGCCCCUUGACUGCCGUGCGGUGGAUCCUUGCCAGGCACUUAGGAAAGGCCCAGCACCAGAGGAGAAAGCUGUAAACAGUAUGCAAACCUUUACUUGUGUUGCCUCCGUGUGUUGUGAUCGGUCAGUGCGGGAGUGAGUGAGGGAGGAAGUGUCUAGAGUCCCGUGUUUCUCUCUCCAUGAAGACACCCUCGCCCAGGGCUUCGGGAGAACACGCCGCGCACCGAGUACAAACAAACUCAACUCCGACUUUAUAACCUUCUCUCCCGCAUCUCAGUCGUUAACUUGGUUUGAGCUCAAGAACGGAGGAAAGAAUCUGAACCUCAACGGAGCGUCAUCGUCUGUCUGUCUUCUCUCAAGCAAUAAGUAGAACCUUAAGUGUUUCCACAUCUCGUCGAAUUUCCAUUACCAAGACCUGAGCGUCCAAGAUGGCGGGAAGAUUCGCAGGAGCCCGCAUGGGCAUGAGUGCCCAGAAGAAGAAUGAGACUGCUAUGAACAAACGCAACCGGAGCAAGGACUUAUCACAUAAUAGUCUCCAGCCUUCUCACGGCCGACGUGGCUCCAUUCUCUCCACCAUCUCUCAAAUCGGAGGAAGCAAGGCCCGCAGUAAGAGUGGCUCCGUCGACGCAGUACCUAAGAGUCAGCAAGGGAAGGGGAUUGCCGUCCAGAAAGGAGGAACGCCUUCCAAGAACAACAAUAAGCAGGUCGCCAAGCCUAGCGCUCAGAAGACCCAGGUGAAGCAGGCGCCAUCCAAGGUGCAGGUGAAGGGCGGCAAAAAGGGCAAGAAGGGCCUCAAACACCAACAGUACGACCUCAUUGUCACCAUAGAUCUGGUUGAGUACGGCUUGACAGAUGACCUGGUGGCUGAGUUCAAGGAGGCCUUCAUGCUCUUCGAUAAGGAUGAGGACGGCAUGAUCACCACUGCAGAGCUUGGAGUAGUGAUGCGCUCCCUCGGCCAGCGACCCUCCGAGACGGAGCUGAGGAAGUUGAUGGGCGAGGUGGAGACAUGCGGGGACGGGAUUAUCGAGUUCAAUGAGUUCCUGCAGAUGAUGAGUAAGAAGUUGAAGGACAUUGGCAACGAGGAUGAGCUGAAGGAGGCUUUCAAGGUGUUUGACAAGAAGAACUCUGGGUACCUUUCAUCGACGGAGCUACGCCACGUCAUGACCAGUAUGGGGGAGAAGAUGUCCGAGCAGGAGGUGGAGGAUAUGAUCAAGGAGGCAGCCCCCAACGGAGACGGAAGGGUCAAUUAUGAGGAGUUCGUGAAUAUCAUAGCAAGAAAGCACUAAGGUGACCCGGCCACCACAACCUUGCAUACAUGUCGUGUACAUAGGUUUUUGUACUUUUGUAGGAUUAUUUUACCUAAUCUAUUUUGUUAGAACAUCAAAUAUUCCCCUAAUAUGCACGGAAGGCUAACAAUGGCGUCUGCGUGGUGGUGGCAGCGGCGGGACGUGUCUGCUCCUCGCCGUGCGUGCCUCGCGUGCCUUGCGUGCGUGCCGCCGCAAGUCGAACGCCACCGAGAGGCGAGGCUCCGCAGUGCGUCACUCGCCACCACCUGAUUGCUGCGUCCUGCGCCACCUGUUGAAAUUCCCUGUUGGUAAAGUCGUAUUAUAAAGUUGAGAAGAGCCCAGCCGCCACAGCAGCCCAUUGUCAGUCUUCUGUACUACUGAAGAAUCAAAAUACAAUAACCUGUUUCAUUACGAAAUGAAAGAAGAGUAGGUUUUGUUUGUUUCUGAAAUAUACGAGGUAAGUGGGAGGGCGAGGCUCGGCGAGGCCUGGCGGGGCGGAGAGGUGGGCGGCCCCGUCCUCGUCCGUGCCGGCGACCAACACUCCCGCAGGUUAUUAUGCGUUAGCUUUUACUUUUUUACUGUUUAUUUUAGUAAGAAAUGAACAGGGAGGAAGACGUCUGUCAUUGUUGUUUUAGAGACCCAAUGGAAAAUACAAUUGAAGUGCAUUACACAAAUCACACAAUAAUAUAUAAUGUACAUAUAUAAAUAUAUCAGUCCGUAUAUACUAUUUAUUGCAAAAUCAUAUUUUAGAAUGAUAGGAUGUUCUACUGUUUUAUUGUUAGUACAUAUAUAUAAACAUAUAUAUGGGUAUUCACAUAACAGUAGCUUUCAUGAAAGCAAUUGAUAAAUUUAUGAAAUUUUGUUGAGGUAAAGUACGCUCCCAGGAAUGUUAACACUGUGUUGCUCAGCAAUACUAAAUUGCAGUGAUGAAAAUGUUACUAUUCCAAGGCUUCCAAAGAGGGAGGCGGCAGCCCGCCCCCGCGCCACGCACAAACCUUUUACGGUGUUCUCCACUCCCUGACGAGGAGGGCAGCGGGCCGAGUCUUGAACACCCAGAGGAAACAGUGGAUGGAAUCGAACAGAGAUGUCGACGAUGAGUUGGUGUGGCCAUGACGCCGCCAGCAGGUGACUGUGGCCCUGUGGCGAGGCUGUCACUCGAGGAAAGGAACAUUUCCUUUCUCCUCCGUGACGUUCAAGGCUCGAUGCUCGUGAUCUCGCCCCAGCAGUGGAGACCUUAUCCUUGUCACCACUUUAAUGAAAAAACAAAGUAAAUUUUCUUCUCCACACUGAAACAUCAGCACAAUGCCCAUUAUUCGCUAUAAACGGGAAGGUUCGAACCUGACGUAUGAAUGACCAAUGUUUCCAAAGUCUUUGAUCCUCUAUCGGCGCGCCAUCCCGUCUCAGUUCACUCCCGCUCUCAGGGCCGCUAAGCCUCUUUUAUCUAAACACUCACUCCCUGAUUUGUGGAAUUUUCCAGAAUAAAAAAUGAAUAACUAUAUUUUGAAAGGUACGAAAGUGUAAAUAUUGAUGAUGCAGAUGUUAGAAAUGUUACUUGUUAAAAGGGUUUGAGUGAGCAGAGUGGCGUGAGAUACAGACGGCCCAUGAGGCUUCAUUCUUCCCUGUGUUCAUUUUCAAUACGCACUCAUUCUUAUCCAGUGACCUAGUUCUUCUUCAGUAUCGUGUUCAAUGCACUCACAAC